CGCCCCGGUGCCCCGGCCCCGCCAGCGCCCGGGUCAACGUGGUGCUGGGCAACCUGCUGGAGAAGUGGCUGGAGGGGGAGAGCCGGACGCGGCGGCUCCGUGCUGAGGGAGACGAACUGCGGGACAGGCAGGAGCUGCCGGCCGCGCUGGAGAAAUACAACCAGGCCCUGGAGACCGCUCCCUGCAAAUGUUCGUUAAUAGCACAACGAGCAGAACUGUGGAUGACCAUGAAAAACUAUCAACAAGCUCUCCAUGAUGUAGAUGCACUCUGCCAAAACAAACCCCUCUGGCCCAAGGGUCAUUAUGUGAAAGCACAAGCUCUUUCUGGAUUGGGAAGGACUGAGGAAGCACUGAAGGAGUUUCUUUAUUGUAUUGCCUUGAAUCCUGAAUGGAGCUUAAUGAAGAAAGGAGCCCAAAAGAUAAUGUGUGAGAUGUUUUUCCCAGCCUUUGAAAAUGUGCAUGACAGCCUCACUGCACCUUUCUCUAGUCGGACAAGGUUGAAACCUGCAUUUUUAAGCAGCUUAAAUACUGUUGAAGAUGGUUCUGCUGCUGGGUGCUCUGAGGAUACUGUAUUCAGAUUAACAAAAGCUCUGUCCCAAGAGCCCGAUGUACUUAGAAGCACUAAUUCAUCUCUCUCACACAAUGUACUGGAUUUGCAUUUUGAAGACAAUAAAAAGUCAUUUGGAACAAUCCUUUCCAGCUUACCUGGUCCACGUUUAAAAAGAAAGCUAUCCAGUGACUUGACAGAUUUACAAAGCUUGGAUGUCCCUAAUAAGAUUCCUAAAAAAGUUGGAGAUACUGUACUUGAAAACUCUGCCACCUCUGCAUUACGUGAGAUACCAGCAGUCCUUGUGGAUGCAUCUGACUUUGAGUGUUCCCUCUGCAUGAGGUUAUUCUACGAGCCUGUUACCACUCCCUGUGGACAUACGUUUUGUCUCAAAUGCCUCGAACGUUGCCUUGAUCAUAACCCAUAUUGCCCACUCUGCAAAGAAAAACUCUCUGAAUUUUUGGCAAGCAGAACUUACAAAAAGACUGUCCUUACAGAAGAACUAAUAGUUCGUUACUUGCCGGAAGAAUUGUCAGAAAGAAAAAAAGUUUAUGAAGAUGAAAUGAAGGAAUUAUCAAAUUUGAAUGAAGAUGUUCCCAUCUUUGUAUGUACCAUGGCCUUCCCUACCAUCCCUUGCCCACUUCAUGUCUUUGAACCUCGGUAUCGGCUAAUGAUAAGAAGAUGCAUGGAAACUGGUACCAAACAAUUCGGCAUGUGCUUAGCUGAUGAACUAAAAGGGUUUGCUGAUUAUGGCUGCAUGCUAGAGAUCAGGGAUGUAAAGUUUUUUCCUGAUGGGCGUUCAGUUGUUGAUACGGUUGGUGUUCGUCGGUUUAAGGUCUUGAACCAUGGUCAACGAGAUGGGUAUAACACUGCAAACAUUGAAUAUCUUGAAGAUAAAAAGGUGGAGGGAGCAGAGUAUGAAGAACUCGUCCGUCUUCAUGAUUCGGUUUAUGAUCAAGCUAUUGCCUGGUUUACUUCCCUUAAAGACAACAUGAAAGCACAAAUUCUCAAUCAUUUUGGAUCAAUGCCAGGAAAAGAAUCGGAGCCACAGAGUAACCCCAGUGGCCCAGCCUGGUACUGGUGGCUAUUGGCAGUGUUGCCAUUAGAAAACAGGGCUCAGCUGGCUAUACUUGCUAUGACUUCCCUUAAAGAUCGUCUUAUUGCCAUCAGACGUGUAUUAAUAUUUGUAACACGAAAGAGACCCAGAUGACAUGGACUUCCCUGUGAACAGGCACUGACUGUAUGUUGGUAGAUAUGUUUUUAAAAACCAUCAUGCAGAGAUGAACAAUACUUCCUGGUUCUGUCUGACAUUCGCUAUUCUGGAUGUUCACCAAACUUUGCACUCUACUCUGUAAUUAAUAAGCACUCUGUGCCUGUCGUCCUAGUGAAAUCUGAGCCCCUAUGAAGUUGUGCUACAAUUACAAUGUAGUUGAUAGUUGUGGAUAACUACUUUUGAAGUACUAUUCCUAAUCAAGAGUUGAUGUUUCUAGCCUGUAAGAGACUGAAUUUAAAGUACUAGAACACCACAAAUGGCCUAUGUGCAGUUUGGAUUUACACUUUACAGAGAAUUAUUUUCCCUUCUAUGGAUCACAGACCGAAGAUGGAUUUAUUACAAUUUUCCUGAGAUGGUCAGCAGAAGGGAAACUGAACUUUCCUGUGGAUAAAGUGCAUAGCUGACAGGAUGUUCUCUUAAUGAGUUGGUAGAUUCUCUCUGCACUUUGAUCUACUCGUUCAAGAAAUAUUGGUCUAUAAAACAGUUUUCAAGAUUAAGGUUUUGGAGGUUGUCCAGGAGCAUAGUAUUUACAUGGUCACAGCUGUGUGUCGGAAAGAGUAGUAGCUAUUGAACAGCAAUUUGAUAGCCUUAAGUAAUUCCUUGUGUUGUGAUUUGCAUGUUGUAGUGGAAUGAGUAUAUCAAAUGUCAAAGGCGUGCUUUUAUUUUUAGAAAAUCAAAGUAAUCCCAGCUGGUCUGUUUUCACUAAACAUAAACAAAACAAAUUCCCUAAAACAUGAAACUAGCCAAAGGCUGUUGUGAAAAUAGCUAUUUCACUCCAAAUUCUGGGAAAGCAUGCUUGUAGUACUCAGCUGACGUGUUCUUAAAGUAAACUUGGCUAGAAUAAGCAUUGGAGAAGAUUCCAUUUCCCUUCUCACCUUCAAAUGAUGUGCCAAGCUAAUGUUACUUUAGAACGAGUAUUUGUUAGAACUUUUGAGUUUAAAAGUUAGUGUUGUGUUUUUAUAUCACAAGUGCUGCACGUGGUUAGAACCUUGGUCUGUGACAUCAUAAAAGGAGGUCCAAACUGAACACUAACAAAAGGCAAGUCUCAAUGCAAGCUUAAGUCAGGUGUCAUCUUCAUUUGUUUAUCUUGGUUUUUUAAUAUAUUGGUUUUGUUAAUAUCUUUCUUUGAUCGCUAUUGAAUAUGUUGCUGGUUAGUCAAAAUUCUUAAUUUUCUAAAGAGUGACUGAAAUAAUGAACAGUGUUACUAAUUUAAUUGUGUAGUUUCCUAUAAGUAGAAGUAAUUUUACCAACAUGAAAAGUUAGCCAGAAUUUCUGUGCUCAAAGUAUAGCAAGAUGCUUUUAGAGACACUUGUUCAUGUGCAACACUCUGGUAUGAUAAAAAUGAUGUCUUAUCCUACAUGUUUAAAGUGCCUAGUUUUUAGUUUGCUUUGAAUGUUUUUUUUGUUUUUUGUUUUGGUUUUUUUGGUCCAUUAAAAUAUUAAAAAUUUGCACAUGAGUUCUGGAAGAAAACUGCAUAAACAAAUGCAUUAACAUGUAUUGCCUGCUUUCUUGGAUACUGUAAUUACAACCUUUGUGGUCUGGGAAACUAAAGUAUCUAGUGCAGUGGUUUUCAAACUUUUUUCAUUUGAGGUCACCUACUAAACUUCAAUGGAGGUGUGGACCCCUUUGGAAAUCUUAGACACAGUCUGUGGAUCUGCAGGGGUCCACAUACCACAGGUUGAAAACCAGUGAUCUAGUUAACUUUUCUUUCUGCAAACCGUUACUAGAAGUGGUUUCUGUAACCUGCUCUGAAUGUACUGUAAUUGCCUCUACCUUGAUCACACCUUUUCUAGUUAAAUAGUGAUUUGUAAUUUAUCCUUUGAAUUGUGAAGUUCGUAACUUACAACCAAUGAUGAUGUAAUCUCCACAAUAGCCUUGCUGCAAAUUCUGCUACUGUCAUAAGAGUACUAAAA